AACUCCCUUCUUCUCAGCCGUUUCGUCGUCGCCCUGUCCGCCACAUCAGCCUUUGCUUCCUUCAGCCCCGCUGCGCCGUCGUCCAGAUCCACCUGGACAUUUGCUGUGUCACUGUUAUUGGAUUGAUGUAAUUUUAGAAUUUCGUAGGGGAAUAAGUAUACAGUAUGGGUAGGCAAGGCAGAGCUUGCGUGGUUGUUCUGGGAGACAUCGGCCGGAGUCCUCGCAUGCAGUAUCACGCCCUAUCCCUCGCCCGUCAGGCAUCUUUAGAGGUGGACAUUGUCGCAUAUGGAGGCUCUGAACCACAUGCUGCAGUCCAAGAGAAUAGAUCUAUUCAUAUUCAUAAGAUGAAGCAAUGGCCAAAACGCCUUCAGAACUUGCCAAAGAUACUUUAUCCCUUAACACUUCUGCUGAAGCCAAUCUUUCAGUUUGUUAUGCUACUUUGGUUUCUUUGCAUUAGAGUUCCUCGUCCUGAUGUAUUUGUAGUACAGAACCCUCCUUCUGUUCCAACCUUAGUGGCUGCAAAAUGGGCAAGCUCGUUGAGGCGAUCUGCUCUGGUCAUUGAUUGGCAUAAUUUUGGAUAUACCUUACUGGGCCUGUCCCUGGGAAGAAGUAGUCGUUUUGUUUCUGUAUAUCAUUGGUUUGAGAAGCAUUAUGGGCAAAUGGCAAAUGGUUCGCUGUGUGUAACAAGGGCAAUGGAACAUGAAUUAGCACAAAAUUGGGGAAUUAAGGCCACAGUCUUAUAUGAUCAACCACCUGAGUUUUUCCAUCCAACUUCACUUGAUGAGAAGCAUAAGUUGUUUUGUAGAUUGAAUGAAAAUGUGUGUCAUCCUCUUGGUGUUCGAGAUUGUUUAAGCACUGGAAGUAUGGGAAUUUGGGGUGAAACACUAUUUACUUCUCACGUCGGCCGUGACACCUUGUUGAAGAAGAACAGACCAGCACUUAUUGUCAGCAGUACUAGCUGUUGCCCUAAUCUUGUUAGUUGGGUGCAGCUUUUGCUUGCUAACUUUGAAUCUGCUGAGGAAUUAGGGUUAAAGCCUUUUGAGCCUAUCAAAGCAACUCAUUCUCUGGAAGAAUCUUUUUCCAGGACACCAGAUGAAGAUUUUGGGAUUCUCUUGGAAGCAGCAGUUAUGUAUGAUAGGCGUGUUGCUGCAAUACUAAAUGAGGAUGAUUCCAUUGAUGAAGGGGAUCUUUGGAAGGAGAUCUCUGAUGGAAAGCAGCAGUUAUACCCAAGGUUGUUGUUUAUCAUUACAGGUAAAGGACCUGAAAAGGAAAAAUAUGAAGAGAAGAUAAAACGGCUAAACCUCAAACGUGUUGCAUUCCGUACAAUGUGGCUCUCAGCUGAGGAUUACCCAUUGCUUCUUGGAUCAGCAGACUUGGGUGUUUGUCUGCAUACUUCUUCAUCUGGAUUAGACCUCCCUAUGAAGGUCGUGGAUAUGUUUGGUUGUGGACUACCUGUUUGUGCUGUUUCCUAUUCAUGCAUUCAAGAACUUGUUAAAGUUGAGAAAAAUGGACUACUCUUUUCAUCUUCAUCUGAGCUUGCCGAUGAAUUACUGAUGCUCUUCAAGGGAUUUCCAGAUGAAUGUGGUGCUCUUAAGUCUCUAAGAAAUGGUGCAUUGGAAAUGAGUUCCUCAGCUAGGUGGGAUACCGAGUGGGAAGAGCAUGCUAAGCCAUUAAUAUCUAAGGUUAUCUCUCGGAACUUGGAAUAAAGUCUCGGGGUUUCCCCUUGUCUCGGUUGUAACAUUAGUAGUUCUUGCCACUUAAUGACUUAUUAUACUUGCCUUCCUUAGCAUUUUAUUGCCGACUCCAUGCAACAUAUAUAUACCAUAUAUGGAAAAGGUAUCUUGGAUAGGAAAAUUUGCUAGUCUUUGGUUAUUUUCUUUUCUUUUCUUUUCCUUUUUUUCUUUGAAUAAUGCUAGUCAUACAGU